AUGGACUACUCAUCCGACGUCUCCCACGAACUCCCCGAAUAUGGUCAAACCCUCAGCGCAAGUCGACCAUGGCGAAUGCGAAUCCUCGACAGUUUUCAACGAGACCGAAAUGCCCAUGCAACACCCAAAGGCGUGGUCGGCGCAGAUGGACGCGUAUUUGAUGUCGAGGAGGCGAAUGCUGCCGUCUCUAGCUCGAUGCUCCAACGUGGGCUCAAAGGUCGACAUCUUCAGAUGAUUGCUAUUGGUGGUUCGAUUGGUACUGGAUUGUUCGUGGGUUCUGGUCAGGCGCUGGCGAAUGGCGGCCCGGCAUCUGUGCUUAUCGCUUUUGGACUUGUUGGGCUCAUGAUGUACACCACUGUUCAUGCUCUGGGCGAGAUGGCCGUGCUAUACCCAGUCGCUGGUUCCUUCUCAGCAUACUCGACACGCUUCCUUGACCCGGCGUGGGGUUUUGCCAUGGGUUGGAACUACGCCAUGCAGUGGCUCGUCGUCCUACCCCUCGAAAUCGUCGCCGCGACCAUUACCAUCGAAUACUGGACCGAAGGCAGAAUCAACAACAACGCGUGGGUCACCAUCUUCCUCAUCCUCAUCAUCGGCAUCAACCUCUUCGGCGUCAAAGGCUACGGCGAAGCCGAAUUCGUCUUCUCCAUUCUCAAGAUAGUCGCCGUCGUGGGCUACUGUCUCCUCGGAAUAAUACUCAACCUCGGCGGCGGACCCAACGGAGAAGCAAUCGGUACUCGCUACUGGCACGACCCAGGCGCCUUCCACAACGGCUUCAAAGGCCUCUGCUCCGUCUUCGUAACCGCAGCCUUCGCCUUCGCCGGCACCGAACUCGUCGGUCUUGCCGCUGCCGAAACCGCCAACCCUCGGAAAUCCCUCCCCACCGCCGUCAAACAAGUCUUCUGGCGCAUCGCCCUCUUCUACAUUAUAUCCCUUGCCAUCGUGGGCCUCCUGGUCCCCUACGACGACCCUCGCCUCCUGUCCGGCACCUCUACCGCCGACGCGAAAGCCUCGCCCUUCGUUAUCUCCAUCGUUAACGCCGGCAUAUCCGGCCUCCCCUCGGUCUUCAACGGCGUAAUCAUGAUCGCCGUCCUCUCCGUCGGCAACUCCUCCGUCUACGGCUCUUCACGAACACUCGCCGCCCUUGCCGACCAAAACCAAGCCCCAAAGAUCCUCGGCUACAUCGACCGCAAAGGCCGACCUAUCGUCGCCGUCGCCCUCGGCGCCGUGAUCGGGCUUCUCGCAUUCUUCGCCGGUUCGGACUUCAAAGGCGAAGCGUUCAAUUGGAUGCUCGCCCUCUCCGGUCUUUCCUCUAUCUUCACCUGGGCCUCCAUCUGCCUGGCCCACAUCCGUUUUCGCGCAGGCUGGAAACGCCAAGGCCACACCCUCGAAGAACUGGCUUUCCGCUCUCAGCCCGGCGUGAUCGGAUCCUGGAUCGGAUUCCUCUUCAACAUCAUCGUUCUUGUGGUGCAAUUCUGGACGGGUGCUUGGCCGAUCGGAUUUGAAGCCAUGACGGCCGCGGCACGGGUAAAGUCGUUCUUCCAGGCGUACCUCGCGGCGCCGGUGGUGGUGAUUUGUUAUGUGGCGUACAAGUUUUGGUAUCGCACACGCAUGGUCAGGAGUUACAAUAUGGAUUUGCAUACGGGGUUGAGGGAGUUGAAUGUGGCGGAGCUGAUUGAGGAGGAGAAGGCGGAGAGGAAGGAGUGGCCGAGGUGGAAGAGGGUGUAUAAGUUCUUCUGCUGA